GAGGACCCGGCGCCAUUGGAUUGGUCCGUGGAAAUGACAUAAAAAGGGUGAAUCGUGGUGGACUCGCUAAGAGCGAUGGCACGCACGAAACAGACCGCACGAAAGUCGACGGGGGGCAAAGCACCACGCAAGCAAUUGGCGACCAAGGCUGCACGAAAGACAGCACCCGCUACUGGAGGCAUCAAGAAACCGCACCGCUACAGGCCAGGUACCGUCGCCCUCCGUGAGAUCCGUCGCUACCAGAAGAGCACGGAAAUGUUGAUACGGAAGUUGCCCUUCCAACGACUGGUGCGAGAAAUCGCGCAGGAUUUCAAGACUGACCUUCGCUUCCAGAGUUCAGCUGUGCAAGCACUCCAAGAGGCGUCCGAGGCCUAUCUGGUGGGACUCUUCGAAGACUCUAACUUGUGUGCCAUUCACGCCAAGAGAGUGACCAUUAUGCCCAAAGACUUGCAACUGGCGCGAAGGAUACGGGGAGAAAGAGCGUGAUUUUUCUUUCGGGGUUAUACUUGGACGUUUACCGUGUUUUUAGCGAAUAAAUGUGACUACGUGUCUUGAUUCCAAUAAGGAAGAACAUUCAA